AUGUCGGCAGACGAACUACAAGACUGGCUUGGCAGCGAAGAAUCCGCUGGAGCCGGCUGGUCCAAAGACAACGGCUCCGGCGAGACAGUCGGCCAUGAUUCGGGUCGUAAAAUCGUUGCUAUACUGCAGAACAAUCCGCAGAAGGACGCGGACAAGUAUGAACAAGAAGACAUUGACCACAUGCGCAAGGUGGUAGCAUACUGCAAGAGGCAUCUUGCGCAAGAGGACAAGGCGAAGAAGGACACGGAUAGCAAGAGCUACAAGAGCUUGAAAAACUGGGGUCACGACGCCCAGAAGGCUUGA